UGUCAAGUGUUCCCCAGUUAGCCGUUUUCCUUUAGCUUCUCUCUCAAAGAACGCAUUGAUUCUCUCUUUCUCUUUCUCUCAUUUUUCUCUUUAAAAAAAUUUCCUUCCUUUUUUUAUUCUCCUUUAUAUAUUUCAUUUCUGUUUCACUGUACUUGAGAGGGAAAGAGGCCAUUCAUUUUCUCACCCAAGUUUUUAUUUUUAUCAUUGGAUACAACAGAGACUUUGAAAAGAAGAGAAGAAAGGAGAGAUUUUGUUUUAAAAGUUUGAGUUUUUGCCUUUGGAUAGAAAAAAAUUGAAAUGGGAUCAUCUUCAGGGCAAAGUAGUGGAAGCUAUGAUCUUUCAUUCAAGAUCUUGUUGAUCGGAGACUCAGGUGUCGGCAAGAGUAGUUUGCUUGUUAGCUUCAUUUCAGCUUCUGCAGAAGCUCUAGCUCCCACCAUUGGUGUGGAUUUUAAGAUCAAGUUGUUAACAGUUGGUGGGAAGAGAUUAAAGCUUACUAUUUGGGAUACUGCUGGACAGGAAAGGUUCAGAACAUUAACAAGCUCUUACUAUAGAGGUGCCCAAGGAAUAAUUCUUGUUUAUGAUGUAACACGGAGAGAAACCUUCACAAAUUUGUCUGAUAUUUGGGCCAAAGAAGUGGAGCUCUACUCUACCAAUCAGGACUGUCUCAAGAUGCUUGUUGGAAAUAAAGUUGAUAGAGAUUCUGAAAGGGCUGUAAGUAGAGACGAAGGGAUUGCGCUUGCAAAAAAGCUUGGGUGUAUGUUUCUUGAAUGCAGUGCUAAAACAAGAGAAAAUGUGGAGCAAUGCUUUGAGGAGCUUGCAUUGAAGAUAAUGGAAGUUCCUAGUCUUUUGGAAGAAGGGUCUGCUGUAGGGAAGAGAAACAUCUUAAAGCAGAAACCAGAGCACCAGGCGCCUCCUGGCAGUGGUUGUUGCUCUUAAAUUGCAGCAAUAUGGAGUCCUCAACAUGAAGGGAUGACUUAUAUAUCAAUAGAAAAGCACAUGCAUCCAUGUUGGUGGCUCUAAGCUUCCACCUUAACAGAUUGUGAACAAAUCAUGUAUAUGAUAAUUUCUUUGGAUAUUCUAUACUGCUGCUCUUUCCAAUUGAGUUGCUGUAGUUAAUUGUAUCAUCAUCACUCAAAUUAACUUGUGUAAAUUUUUUUGCCUUUUUUUUU